GCUGUGGGACAGUGGCCCAUUAUGCAAAUCUGCCCAGCCAGGCUGACACAAAGGGUCACUCCCUCAAAGAACCAGUGAUUAGUGGGUCCUGCACUUGUCUUUCAAAUUCUUCAUAAAACUAUUGAACGUUGUACUCAGCUGAUAUGAACACACCGUCAGGAACGUCUAUACAACUGACCGUGUGUCUGUGCACACAAGCCGCCGGUAUGCGCAGCUUUUAACAACCCCACUGUGACCUCGUUGGAUACAGUACAAGGGGGUGUCGAAGGACAGGCUUCGUUAUUCAGGGGAUAGAAGUUUUCCAUGUAACAAGACACCCAUGAGGAGGAUAUACAAGACUGUCGUCUACUCUUGCCUGUCUGCCCUGGCUGUGUUGCUGUAUACAGGGUUUCAACAAACAAUGCAUUAUGAUGUAUCCAUCCGCUCUGAAAAUAUAGUCCCUUCUUGUCCAAGUGUAUUGCGUCAUAUGAUGACAGGCGCAUGGUUUAGUAGAUCGUUAUCUGCAGAAGAGGAAGACGACAUUGAAACAUACUUACGUAAAGGGCUCUAUUUUAUGACAAGAAAUGGGACGUUUGAGAGGCCAGAUAAAAAGUGUGGAAAUAUAUCUUACUUUGGUUGGAUGGACAGGCGGAAGGAAGCAGGCUGGUUCCGGGUGUUGUGUGAGCCAAGAGGAAGUACUCCGUGUUGUUAUGACAACGUAUGCCAAAGGAAAACAAUAAGAGAAUGUGUUUGUGAUGGAUGUUAUGACCUUCGAACUCAAAAGCAUGCUGAGUAUUCAAAUUGGAUUCCUGAGGAUAGUAGAUGUCAGGUGAAAAACUUCACGUCCAAGUCUGCCUGUGAGCUUCUCAAAGGAGGAACCUUCCACUUCUAUGGCGACUCUCUCGUGCGUCAGAUGUACUUGGCCUUCCUCAUUAUCGUGAAGGGAGACUAUCAACAUGGCGGGCUGGUAUCUAAUGCUUCAGUCGAGAUAAAACAACAGUGUGCAGGGAAAUAUGUGUUUCCCUACAAGAACUGUCGGAAUCAUCUUGACUAUUCACCCACUCUCUGUGACGGAACGGUGAAAGCGAAAUUUAUAUACUGUGGUCGGUUUGAUCACAGAGCGACUUUCAUGACAGACGAGUUGAAAAACAUUCUGGACACGCCCAAAUCUAUUGUUAUGUUUGGGAGUGGUCUUUGGGCGCGCUUCAACAAAAACUAUAAUUCGAAUUUUGCAAGGGCGAUCAUAGACCCGGUGCGAAACCACACCAAGCGGAAAUGGCCAAAGUUGCUCUGGUCUGGGUUUAGUGGCUUCGGACUAUGGCGAAGGGAGCUUGAACGGGGAAUCACCAAUACAAAUGCUCAACUCUACAACCGGAACAUGGAGAGGAUUGUUGGGAAGUAUAACGUGCCGAUGUUUGAUACAUUCAAUUUGACACGAGGUGUUCGGAGUCUGGAUGGAACUCACUAUGGUCCGGGGGUCAAUUUUGUUAAAGCGCAGAUCUAUCUGAAUUAUCUAAUGGAGUUGCAAAACAACGGUGAAUGGGUUUGAACCAUUUCUUGCAUAUGUGUGCGGGUUUGCCUAAACAGUUAAUGUUUGUUUGUUCUUCAACGAUCACCCUGCAAUAUAUCCAGGAGUAUGACGGAGGCAUGGAAAUCAGCUAGUUUGGACCAGCCAAUCCAGUGAUUGAUAUUAUGAGCAACGAUUCACGCCAUCGGGGAACGAUGACACGCAGCCUACCAUGUUCCCGAACCAGACCUCCCUAUUCGUAAAGUUGCCUUUUUCGACCAUGUGUAAUUUCACUCAAAUAAAAUAUCAAUUUAUGUGUAA